AUGCCUCGACCAACCCGAAAACCUCUCAAUCGAAGUCGACAUAACGAUGCUAAUCGUUUUCAAUGCAAUUUCCGGUCCAAGCAUGAACUUAUCACGAGACGCAAACACUGCAGUAAACUAGACCCGAUACCAGCUGUGACUCCCUCUCAACUGUUACACGCUCGAAACCAAUCCGGCAGCGGAGAAGCCGGACUUGAAGCACCAGAUGAGCAGAGUAUUGAGCACCUUCGAUCUGGCUUACAGCAGACAAAUUUCAAGCUCCAACGAGAUGCAGACCGAUUGCAACACGAAAUUCAGUGGAUUCACGGCCACUUUCCAGUCUUGAAGCUCGCCAAUGUGAAGUGCUCACGUAAUUUACGUCAACAGCUGUUCCGAAAUGCAGUUCAACAUGUUUCUACUAACUUUAUGUUACGAAAGGCGUUAAUGUUUUGGUACCAGAAGCUCCUCGAUGCUCGACGUAAGGAGCGACUGCAGUUGAGUGCAUCUCGUCAACUCAUUGCAAUGUUUGAGAAAGUAUCAUUCGAUCGUGUCGUUGGGAAGUUUAGUUCAUGGAGAAAUUGGGUUCUGGAAUGUCAAAUUGAGGAAAAGAUGGCUGCAUCCAUUACGUUACAGCGUUCCGCUAGACUGCUUCAAUCCCGUCGUGAAGAACGAGAAUCUGCUGAACAACAAGAAGCACUGAUGAAAGCUCUCGAAGAACUAAUUCGCAACGCUAAGAUUAUCCAACGAGCAUACCGCCGACACCGACGAGCCGUUCAACAGUGUCAAUAUGAAGCUGCUGCAAGAAAAAUCCAACACAUCGAGACGCGUCGAGUUGCGUAUAACGGAUAUAUCGAGCAGCAACAAGCUGCAAGGCUCCUGCAGGGGAAGUUUCGAGCUUAUAUACAGAAGCGUAAUCGUAAGCGAGCUAUCGCAAUUGCUGAGCUCUUCGAUCGCAGUUGUGACAAGAGUGCACAGCGUAUUCAAAAUACUUGGCGUGGUUAUUUAUCGUGGCGAUAUUACGAAUUACCAGUUGGCAUUGUGCAAUCUUUAGUCGAUCACGUUGAAUAUCUAGGCGCCGUCCACUUGAUCCAAGGGCAUCUUCGUGGGUUUCAAUGUCGCUAUCGUAAUAGGAAGAAGAACGACAGUGCCGUCCGUAUCCAGAAUUACUGGCGUGCUGGUAAACAUCGAAUGAUAUUAAGGAAUGAAAGGCGGAUAAUACGUUUGCACCGAGAUCUUGCAGCUUCGCGCUUGCAACGCACAUACCGGCGCUCGAGAGAGGAGCGCAAGAUCCGCAGUGCUCUUCAUCAAUCCACACGUCCGCUGUAUCUCCGCGCUUGUGAAUUUGGAAAUAGCUUUCGGGAUCAUUUCCGAGUGUCAGUAGCUAAAAGCGCUUGCGUCGUGAUUCAAACAACCUGGAGACGAUACGUUGCCUACAAACAGGAGAAGUGUUCGAGACUCGCUGCAGCUUCGACAAUCCAAAGGUUUCUAAAGCGUAGAGGGAUAUUAUCAAUGUGGCGAAAUGCAGUGUUUAACGCUCAUUGUCGAGAUGAAGCAGCUCGGAAUAUCCAGCGCUGGAUACGAAAACUUCGUCAUCGUUUAGAAUCUGUUCGGAUACAACCUGUUGCGUACGCGCUAGAGCAGGUUUCUGCUGUGUCGAAAAUCCAACGAUGGUACAGAUAUUGUCACUCUGAUUCAUGGGGGAUUCUUCUUGCUCGACUACUAGCUACUGAACUUCCACGAUGUAUAGAAGCUGUCAACCAAAUUAAACGCUGUUGGAACGGUUAUUGUGCUAGAAAAGAAGAGUGUUCGCAGCGUGCGAACACCAUUGCUAGUCUCAUCAAGCAGCAACAACGUGCGGAAGUUGAACAUCGAGCUGCUCAUUUCAUUCAGCGAAUGUUUAAACGUAUGAUCGACCGACGCGAUGGCAAAGUGUUACUACACCGGUACAAAAUACUUUUCCGCCGAGAGAUUAAGCGAAAACAACAACGCGUUAUCGUACACAAGUACUUGGAGGAGAAAUCUCAACAACGUAAGAAGAAACAAGAGACUAAAACUGCCAGUCUUGCAAUAAGACGAGCGUCAAUAGCGACUUCGACUGAACCAUCACAAGCGCUUGGUUUAGAUAGCUACUCAACUGAAUUGAGUGCUUUUACGCUGGAUGAAACGCCAAACGAAACAACAGACAGCGGAUGGGCUGACACGCAAUCACCUCAGAUCGAUAGCCCUGUCCAAUACUGGAGCGAAGAGUAUCAGCGAGCUUACCUUUAUGAUCCAGUUACUGGAAUAUCGACAUGGCUGUGA